AUGGCGGAACCAGGCGCGUGGCCGCUGCCCCGUGGCGCCUGGCUGGACGCGAGCCUCAACGGCACCAUCACGACGACGGUCUCGGCGCCGCCGGGGACGCUCAUCCUAGCGCAGGUCGUCGACGCCGGCGGCCGCCCACAGGGGACCGAGCUGCUCCAGGUGGAGGUGGCCUAUGCCCCAGGCCCCCUCGGGAGGUUCUUCAAGGCCGCCCACGUCGGUGCCAGCGACGAGUACUUCAGCUGGUACGCGCAGCACCCGAACGUGGAGGGCGGGCGGCCUGGGAACACCGUGUUCCACCUUUGCGCGUGCGGGGCCAGCGGGUGUGCGGCCCCGACACCUCGCGGGACGGUGGUCGAGCACCUCGACAUCUGGCGGGUCGUCGAUCCCGCCGACUUCGAGCAGGAGAAGGCCAAACUCUAUUGCCCUCGGCGGCGCGCCAGCGACCUGGGCGUGCCGCUGCGCCCCCCGCCGCUCGCGCCGCCGCCCGAGGCGGCGCCGCCAGGCGAGGGGCCGCCGGCGGGGGAGCCCGAGGAGCCGCUCGACGACGCGGAGCCGCCGGCGAAGCGCCCCCGCCGCGAGCCAGGGGGCGUCGGGGGGACGGCCACCCCGCGGCUGGGCGGCAGCCUCGCGGACGGCGGCGGCAGCCCGCUGGACGCGGAGCUCGCGGGGCUGGAGGACGUCGCUGCCGACCCUGGCCUGGAGGACAGGCUGGCGCGCCUGGGCAGCCGCGGAGGCCCGCGAGGCAAGCAACAGCGAGACCCCCUGAACGCCUCGCGCCCCGGCGGCCCGGUGCGGGACCGCCUUUCAGCGGCUGAGCUGCUGCAGCGGGGAAGCCAGCGGCCUCAGGCGCGCGCAGAGGAGGAGGGCGACGAGGCUGGCGACAGCGACCUCGAGCGGGGUGCGCUGGGCGAGAGCUUCCAGGGGGUCGGCAUCAAGCGGGACCUCUUCAGGCAGAUUGCCCGCCGCCGCCCGGGCGCACUCCUCGAGAACGGGCUCGCGCACAUCCGAGGCCAGUUCACGCGGCAGCUGCGCGUGGCCGACGGCGACCCCCUCGCGCCGUGCGUCACGCAGUUUUUGGACACGGUCUUCUUCGUGGUCCGGUCCCUUCGGUCGCUCGGGCUCGCCCUCGACGGGAUCCUCAAGGGCGACGUCGUCGAGACCGGCGACCUGCUGAUGCAGGAGUUCAAGGCCAGGACGAUGGCCAUCCGCGACGGGCACUGGCGGACGGCGAGGUGGCUCACGCUGGUGCCGCAGGAGCAGCUCCCGUCGGGAGCUACCAUCGACGAGGAGACGGCUGCCGAGAAGGUCGAGGCGAGGGAGCUCAAGGUCGCCGAGCUCCGCCGCAAGCUCCAGGACAGGAGGCCCUGCGGAUAUUGGCAAGCCGAGUCCCAGCGGGCGGAGCCGCAGCCCCGCCUCAAGCUGCGGGCCGGCGCCGCGCUGCAGCAGCCCCAGCAGCGCCGGGCGGCGAGCGGACGGCGCGAGGGCGAGACGCGCGCCCAGUGGAAGUCCCGCAUGCUGGUGGCGAGGCGCGGCCGCGCAGCCCCAGGGGCCAGGAGCGCAACCGCCCCGAAGGCCAAGUCGAAGCCCGUCGCCAAGGGCCAGCUGGUCAGGCGCUGGCGCCAGCUGCUCGCUUCCAGCUGCACAGGAGCGGCCACCAAGUUCGAGCUGGCCCUCAUCAUGCACGAGGCUGCCCACGGAGCGCCUGGGGACGUCGGGAGGUUCAUCAGGCGAAUGCGCGUUCCACCAGACCCCACGGAGAGCUUCACGCGCCUGCGCGAGGUGUUGCCGUUACCCGUUCCCGACGCCCCAGUCUUCAGUCAGCUCCGGGCAGCGCGCUAUGCUGGGCAGCAGCUGGCAGCCGACAAGGUCGACCAGGCCACCGCCGAGGCUUGGGUCCAGCUCGUUGUGUUUAGCCUUAACUACCAAUACACCGGGCACAUGCAGGCGCCGACGGUGCCGCCUGUCCAGAGCUCUGCCAGCCAGGUGAACGCCCUCGGGAUCAUCCGCCAGGCAUGCGACUACUUCGCUCGCGGGGCAGACACCACGGUCGACCUCCCCGCCUGGGAGGAGUUGAUCAGCUCGAAGGACGUCACCUACGGCGGCGAGGAGGUGGCACGCGCCCUGCCUCUUACCCUCGGCGGCGUCAUGCCCGGGCUGCCAGCGAAAGGCGUAGCCGCGUCGGUGAGGGCGAUCGACAUCGCAGACGCCCGGGUGGGCAGCUGGCUGGCCGAUCCAGGCUUGGCCCUGCUGCCGCGGGCAGAGUGGCCCGAGGAGGUGCCAAGAGCAUCGAUUCAGGUGAAGUCGAAGCAAGAGUGGCACGACAUCGGCGCGAAGCUGGUCGAGCUGGGCCUUGCGGCGCCGAUCGCGGAGGAGAGGAUCUUCAAGGUUGGGAACCGCAAAGUCCUUGCUGGCGCCUUCGGGGUUCAGAAGAGCGGGACGCCUACGCCCGGGUGCCCGUGCGUGCAGAGGCUCAUCAUCAACAUGGUCCCGGCCAACAGCUACCAGCGCAUCAUGCGGGACGACGUUGGCACCCUCAGUGCGUCGCCGUCGUGGGUGGCCAUCCCGCUCCCCGAGGGCCACAUGCUGCUGUGGUCGUCCGACGACCAGGCCUCCGCCUUCUACUGCUACGAGCUCCCGGAGGCUUGGCAGCCCUACAUGACGCUCGCGGAUGCUAUCCCGAACGAGCGCAUCGGGGUCAGCGGGCCUGGGAAGACGCACAUCGCGCUGCGGGUCAUCCCGAUGGGCUGGGUCAACGCCGUCACGGUCUUCCAACACUGCCACCGCCGGCUCGGCUUCAGCAUGCGUCCCCUGGGCGCAGGGUUCGCCCCCAGCAUGGAGUGGCGCAAGGACCGCCCGCUGCCCUUCAAGUCGAAGGAGCUCGAGCAGAAGUGGGUUCAGUACUACAUCGACGACUGGGACCACGGCGAGAUCGUCCCGGAGCGGCUCAUUGCUGAGCUUCGUGGGACCGUGGGCGCGGUGCAGGAGGAGCAGCGCCAGGCCUACCGCCGCUCCGGGAUUCAGGUGGCCGAUGGCAAGGCCAAGCACAGGGCACUCAUUCUCGAGCGGAUGGGCGCCGGCCUUGACGGCCUCGAAGGCCGAGUCGGGGUCACCGUCGAGAAGCUGCACGCCCUGCUUGGGUUCACGCUCUGGGGGAUGGGCCAGAGCGCGAUGUCGUCGCAGGCCGUCCUCAUGAUCCUUGGCCGUUGCGUUAGGGCAGCUGAGUUCCGGCGGCCGUUCAUGGGCUACCUCAACGCGGUGUGGGCAGCUGGGCGCUGGCAGCAGCCGCAGGCAGUUCCCCUCGACAUGUGCGACGAGCUGCUUAGCUUCAUGAUGGCCCUCCCACUCGCAUUCACCGACUUGCGAGCGCAGAUCGACCCGUGCGUCAUCGCGACGGAUGCGAGCGAGCGUGCUGGAGGGAUCUGCCACACGGUCGGGCUCACCGAGGCGGGAAUUGCGUGCGCGAUGGAAGGCGCCUCGGUCGUCUCGCUGCGGCCGGGGGCGAUAUCGUACCCUGUAGAAGGGGUGCGAUGGCGGCCGCGCGUCGUCAUCGUGGAGCUGUUCUGUGGGGCGGCGGCCGCAGCAGUUGCAGCCUCGCGCCUGCCCUUCACCAUCGUCGCCCACCUCAGCAGCGAGGUGGACCCAGCUGCCCGACGGCUGGUCCGCAGGCGCUGGGCUGGCGUCGUCGAGCUCGGGGACAUUGAGCGGAUCGAUGGCGAACGGUUCAGGCACAUGCUCGAGAAUUACAAGCGCGACGCCGACUGGGUCCUUAUCACUGCUGGCAGCCCGUGCCAGGACCUCGCAGGGCUCAAUGCUGUGGGCUCAGGGCUGGAGGGCGCGCGGUCUCGGCUAUUCCUGCGGGUGCCUGAACUCAUCGGCGUCGCGGAGGAGGUCUUCCCGCGGCGCGUGGUGUGGUUCGUCGAGAACGUCUUCAGCAUGACACUGGAGUCGCGGGCGCAGUUCACCAAGAUCUUGAAGGUCACGCCCGUGCUGCUGGACGCGAAGCACUUCACCCGGGUCAGCCGGCCGAGGCUCUACUGGUGCUCCUGGGCGGUCUGUUCUCACCUCCCGCCCGGCUGCCUGGCGGAGGUCAAGGGCACGGGGGACGAGGCGUACACCCGUAUCGACGUGACCAUCGAGCGCCUCCCCUUCAAGGCUGUCCUCCACGAGGGUUGGUCGCUCCUGGACGGCAACACCGACCUCCCCUGCUUCACGAGGCCGAUCAUCAGGAAGCACCCCCCGCUCAGGCCCGUCGGGAUCGAGCGCGCCACGGAACAGGCUCGGAGUCGCUGGGCGUCCGACGGGUACCGCUACCAGGUCAACAACUACGAGGACGGAGUGCUCAUCUGGGAUGCGGCGCGUGAGCGGAGCCGGCUGCCCGACCCAGAGGAGCGCGGUGCACUCAUGGGCUUCGACAGGUUAUAUUUUCAGGGCGCAGUGAAAGAUAGCGUUCCUGAGUCCGAGCGUGCAGUUGUCAUGGAGUCUCUCAUUGGCAAUACCUUCUGUGUGCAGGUUGUCGCUUUUAUCCUUGGCACCUGGUUGGCUCAAAUCAAAUCAGUCAAGGCGCCAGUCGCGGGCCAGCAAUGCCUUGAGAUCGGGGCGUGCGAGGCGAACUGGAACGUCGUCCCGGACUUCCAGCAGCCUGGGCUUCGCGAUUCAGUCCUCGAGCGGAGCCUCAUCGUCGAGUUCCUGCGCAUCGCCGACCGCGGGGGCUCCGACGUGCGCCUCGACUGCGGGGCUCUGUACCGCGCGCGUGCGUGGCCGCGGGCAGGGCUGCGCACCCAUCUGUGGGCCUGGCGGAUCGCCAAGGGUUUCCUGUGGCAGAGACCCGCCCACAUCUCCGCGCUGGAGCUGGAGUCAGCCGUCGCGGGGGCCAGGUGGCGCUGCCGGGCGGUGGCCAAUCACCGCUGCCGCUACCUCCACAUCCUGGAUGCCCAAGCGAUCGCGGCAGUCAGUACCAAAGGCCGCUCGAGUGCGCUUGCCCUGCAGCCGGCCCUCCGCAGGCUCAACGCGCUGCACCUCGCGACGGGCGGGUACCCGAUCUACGGCUACUGCGACACAGACGUCAUGCCGGCGGAUACGCCGUCCCGCUGGCCCCUGCGGGAGGUCAUGAUCUCGCCCCUCUCGCUCCAGAGAUACACUGAUGCAGUCAACGAGGUCGUUGACUUCUGGGUGGAGGAGGGGCGUUCACCAUGCACGCCCGCGCAGGUUGACACAGAUCUUGCGGCCUUCAUCGAGAAGCGGUGGAGCGAGCACGGGUCCCUGUUUGACAUCAACAAUGCCAUCGCUGGAGUAUCACACUUUUUCCCUCCGGUGCGUGGGCAUCUUCGUGAAAGCUGGCGGCUGGCGCGGACGUGGCAGCGCCAAGAGCCAGCUGGCCGCGCCCUUCCAAUUGGGCCGCUGAUUGCGGCAGCCUUCGCGGGGGCAUUUGCCGCGACAGGCCACCUGGGCGCGGCUGCAGUUUUGGCCGCUGGGUACGACACGUACAUGCGGACUGGCGAGAUGGCCUCGCUCGUCUGGAACGACGUACAGCUGUACCCAGCUCGGGCGUCAGCGGUGCUGCUGCUACGAGGCACAAAGAGCCAGCACCAGACGGGCGCCAAGGAGUUCGUCCUCGUGCGAAGCACAGUCGCCUAUAAGCUCUUGGCGAGGGCCAAGGCAGCGGCUGCUCCAGAGGAGGCGUGCUUUGGCAUGGAGCCCAGCGCGUUCCACCGCCUCUUCAGCCAGGUCAAAGAACUCCUGGGCUUCGGGAACGCCAAGCUGACGCUGUACAGCUGGAGGCGCGGAGGGGCCAGCGCGGACUUCAAGUCCCAUGGCUCCAUGGAACAGACCUUGCUCCGGGGCAGGUGGGCGUCGGUCCGCACGGCAAGGCUGUACGUCCAGGACGCCGUGGCAGAGGCGACGCAGCUCAACCUGAGCGAGCUGCAGCUCGCGCGGUGCAGGCACUUGGCGGCCCGCCUCCGUGCCGCGGCGAGCUGA